AUGCUAAGUUUAGUAGAAGUAAAAACUAUUUUUGAAACUCUGAGCCAAAAGUUUAGAUUUACCGUUAUUAAUUUACCUAAACAAACAACCUCAGAAGAAGUUUUAGGAAUUUUUGAAAUAAUAAACGAUACAGGACAGCGUCUAGAGCCUGCCGACAAGUUGAAGAGUCUUUUAUUUGAGAAGUCAAUAGAGAGAAAAAAAGAUAAAGAAGAGGAAGAAAAAAUUCAAAAAGAA